UUGAGUGUAGGAGGCAUGGAGGCGAUACUGAACUGCAGAACGGAGGAUUUUGAGGAUUAUUACGGGCUGCUCGGCUGCGAUGAACUGUCAACGACUGAACAGAUUGUCAAUGAGUUUAAAGUGAAAGCUCUGGCCUGCCACCCUGACAAACACCCGGAGAACCCCAAAGCAGUGGAGGAGUUUCAGAAGCUACAGGAAGCUAAAGAGAUUCUCACAGAUGAGAAGAAAAGAAAGAAUUAUGAUCUCUGGCUCAGAAGUCGAAUUGCAAUCCCAUUCAGCGAAUGGCAAGCGCUCAGUGACUCGGUUAAAACUUCGAUGCAUUGGGCUGUGAGGACCAAGAAAGAGCCGAUGCUCGAGGCCGCAAAAGACACAAAUCCAGUAAACACGGGGAAUGGAGUGAGAGAAUCUGCAGAGGAGGAGAAACCUUCUGAAACAUCACUGCCGUCAGGUGAUUGUUGGCAUCACAGGUUUCGCUGGGCUGGUGAAGCUCCGUCUGGCCUUUUACUGAAGUUCAGGAACUAUGAAAUAUAAAUUCAUAUUUUCUGCUGUUCUGUGCAUGUAUUCUGCAUUUAGAGUCAUCAGUAUCAGAACUGACCAAUCAUUUACUAUGCUUCACCAUGUUUAUGGCAUGAUUCAGUUGUUUGUUUUGUAGGAUGAUGAUAAUAUAUGUUGAAAUUAGUGAUGCUUUGUAUGCCUUAAAUGUCUUUUCAGGAUUGUUUACUGACAGUUGAAGUAUGAGGAAAAUGUUUUCACAGGUUUCACGGUUCGCACAGGAAAUGAUUAUAAAGUUGGCUGAGGCAGAAUUCGUUUUAAUGUGUUUAAUUAAUAUAUGACUCACUAAAUAAUAAUGAUUCAAUCCUAUUAAAUAAUUAUGUAUAAUAAUUACAUUCAUACAUAUAAGCCAGUAGUGUCUUGUAAAAAUGUCACUUUUGUAUUCAUGUUUUUGUUUAUAUUCAGAUAAAAACAGAAAAGUGCUUAUGAUAUGGUUUCCUCCUUGUGCAGUCAGCAUUUUGAGGCAAAUAUGUGUAUUUGUGUAAAAAUAUGUGAAUAUGUUACAUUCCGAGUGUCUGUAAACGUCUGCAUUUUUCAAAUUCUGCAAAAAUAAAACAACCUAUUGUGGAACAGGUCAAAA